UCUGGAGGGCGAUAAUAAUAGGUCAAUUUCUGUCGCUCGUUCUCUGCUUGAUGACGCUGCUGAACCACUUCAUCAAUUCUACAUACAAAAUAAACUUACCUACAGGACAAAAUUUGCCACAUUAUAUGAUGAUGCUGUUAGUAUACACAACAUGGAUGUCAAGCCGUGGUGCUGGUAAUGGCUUAUUCUCGGUAAUCAGAGCUCGUGGUUGGCGUUACUUGCUACUCGCCCUCAUUGACGUAGAGGCUAACACCCUAAUCACUGCUUCUCAUCAGUUUACCAGCAUUGCUAGCAUUCAAUUGCUUGAUUGCGUGGCGAUUCCGGUCUCACUUGCAUUGUCCUGUUUGGUUCUUGGGAUAAGAUACCGAAUGGUCCAUAUUGUUGGUGUGUCAAUCUGUUUGAUGGCAGUUGGUUGUCAAGUUUGGGCUGGUAUUGAAGAAAAUAAAGAUCCUACACCUGCUGGAAAAAAUCAACUUGUUGGAGACAUGUUAUGUCUUGGUGGUGCUGUUUUAUUUUCCAUUAUUGCGGUUCUUCAAGAGUUGGCAGUAAAAUCUAUUGAUAUCAUAGAGUAUCUUGGAAUGAUCGGAUUUUUUGGAACUAUACUAUGUGGUUCACAGAUAGCUGUCCUGGAAAAGGUUCAAGUAGAAAACUUUCACUAUGACAACCUACCAAUUAUGGCUUCGAUAGUCAUAUACUGUAUAACCCAGUUUGUAUUUUACUCCUUGGUACCAGUUGUCUUGUACGAGACUGGUGCUACUUCUCUCCAAUUAACUUUGUUAACCGCUGAUUUCUUUAAUAUUCUUUUUGGAAUACUGAUACAUCAAUAUAAAUUUCAUACUUUAUAUUUCCUCUCAUAUACCUUGACAAUGACCGGAAUAUACAUUUAUGCAAUUAAAAGAACACCCUUGCCGUCGGGCUCACGAAGGCCAAAUUCUGAACCAACAGUUCCAGACUACAGACACAUAACACACCCUGAUGUUACUGAAGUCGAGAUGGCAACAAGCUCUGGGAUGUCUGGCGUAUCAGGCACCCUGGACAUGAGAGCCUCUACCUUGGGCAGCGAACGUGAAACUAUAAAUGCAAGCUCUCUGCCAUUAAGUGUUAGCUCAGAUACAGCUUUCACAUCUUUUUACGGCAGCCAAGCGAACCUCAAGCCUUGUCGUUCAACUGCUCGGAUACCCUCAAGUGCAAAUCUCCAUGAACCUGGUAGUGGAAACGCAACCAUACAUUCUUCCUGAUCCUAAGUCGACGAUAUGACAUUCUAUAGAAACGUUCUACAUUCAGAUAGAGAAUGAACAACUGUGACCACUGUGACAUACAUACACAGCUCGAUAUAUUUCUGUAUUACGAUUAUUUUACACAAAAUACCAUAUUAUUCCCCAAAAUUAAGAAGAUUUUUUCACUAUUCAACAGCACUUUUUGGUCAAUGCCUACUAAAAACAUAAUACGUACCAAAUCUCGGGAAAUUAAUAAUAGCAUGAGAAAAUUAUUAUCGCUAGUUUUUUGUAUUCAUAACAAACUGUUUAACUUUUAAAUACCCAAGAAUUUCAGCAAAGGCCACAAAAAAAAUGGUAAAAGUGGCAAAAACAGAUUUUUUGCGACGAGAAAAAAAAACUAAGAAUCGUACAAAAAAAAGUCAAACAGAAAAAAGUUACAGAAUUCUAAGACGAAAAGAAUAAGCCACGUUAAGCUUUAUUUGGUUUAGCCUUUUUCUCAAAAAUUGCCAAAAAAAACCAUUUUUGACCAUUUUUGAAAACUUAGUCACUCGCGGUCUAAUGAAUAUUUAGAGCCCAAAUUUAGACAUAAGGUAGAUAUCGUAGCUCGAUAUAGGUAUCAUACAACCAAUAUUGCUGAAAUUUUAUGUCUAUGUUAAAAAACAUGAAAAAUUUUGAAGCUUAUGUAAAAACAAGCAUGUUUUAUUUUGUUGCGUUAAAAUGUUUAUUAAACAAAACAUAUGAAUUUUUUUAUUGAUUCUCACAAGGUUCAUGUAACAGAAUUCACAAAACGUAACUAAAAUAGGUUUAUGUAAUUUUUUACUAGAACUAUUUUUAACAUAAAUUAGAAAGAAUUGUUUAACGUAAAAUCAGAAGAAUAUUUUUUUUUUAAACCAGUCCUCUAGUAGUAGACCGCUGCACUUCUUACGCAAUUGCAUAAUAAUUUCAUAAGAAGUACGCGGGUCUGCUUCUCAAAACUUACGAUGUACUACUAGGACACAAUUUACUAAGUAUACUGCAGAUGAGAGCAAGGGUUGAAAAAAGUGUUAUAUACGUUUUAUACACCUAACUCAUUUGAUGUUUACAACUAUUCGUGUAUUCCUAGUCGUAUGUAAGGAAUCCAAUUCUUUGUCCUUUAAGAUAUCCUCAAAAACAAAUCUUCUUAACUUUGGGGAACUUCUCACUGGAUUUUUUAUUUUUAGGAAAUACUUUAGUAUAGUAAAGAAAGUUUAUUAGAUUAUAUGUAAGAAUUGCAAAAAACUAUUAAAAGAUGACUAUUGUUAUUAUAUGUAUUGUAAGUAUUUUAACUAUAAUUAUUGUAUUAUAAACACUAGUUAAAUCUUGUAACUAAUUUGUCAGUUAAUAAGAUAAUGUUUAAUCGUUAGUUUUAUCAACUGAAUUAUUUAACUUAGGAUUUGUUGAUACUUUUCAUAUGUGGAAAAUCUAUUGUAAUGUUUUAUUAUAGUACAUGGUAGUAAUUACUUGUGAUAAUCUAUGUAUGAAAAUUGUUAUCUUUUACUACCGAAGCUUUCAUCACUCUUUAUGUCAUAAUUUUAACAUUUUUCUGGUUAAUGGACAAAAAAAAUACUAUUAGAUUUGAAAGGCCCAUUCAAUUAAAAAAAUUUGUAUUUUUUUGUUAAAAAACAAAGAGCAAUAGACACCAAAUUUCACUAGUUCUUAAAACUAAAAAGCUUACUUUACUACGCAUGCUAAAAAAAAAUAAUUAUAUUAUAUGAAAACUGAAAUCCAACCGUAUGACUAAAA